CAAGUCCCAAGGAGGAAAGAGUGACUUGUGGUCUCCUUCAAAUGGACUUGGAAGCACUGACUUUAAUACAACUCAAGAUUUAUAUGAAUCUGCAUUUGAAAUAAUCUUGGGUUCAAAAAUUCUACAAUGGCACAUGUUGUCUUGGGAACACUGAGUAUUCUUUGGGCAAAGCUAUGAAAAGGAAGAAAAUACUGAGCAGAUUAAAGUACUGGAAAUUUCCAUUUCAAGAUACAGAGUUACAACAUUACUUGGCUUAACAGAGAAAAGAAGUACUUGAGAAAAUGUGGACAAGGAAUCUUAUGGCUAGAGCCUUAUAUGACAAUGUUCCAGAAUGUGCUGAGGAGCUUGCCUUCCGCAAGGGAGACAUCCUAACUGUUAUAGAACAGAACACAGGAGGACUGGAAGGAUGGUGGCUCUGUUCCUUGCACGGUCGGCAAGGCAUUGUCCCAGGAAACCGGGUGAAGCUUCUGAUUGGCCCCCUGCAGGAACCCUCCUCCAAUCAGGAUCAGCCUACUUCUGGUCUGCACCAGACUUUUGAACAAAAGAAGCUUUAUCAAAUGCCAAAUCCACAGGGUGCUUCUCGAGACACUAUCUACCAAGUACCGCCUUCCUACCAAAAUCAGGGAAUUUACCAAGUACCCACAGGCCAUGGUACUCAGGAACAAGAUGUGUACCAAGUGCCACCAUCAGUACAGAGAAGCGUUGGAGGUGCUAAUGGUCCUCACUUAAGUAAAAAGGUGAUAACUCCAGUGAGGACAGGCCUUGGCUAUGUAUAUGAGUACCCAUCCAGAUACCAAAAGGACAUCUAUGAUAUUCCUCCUUCUCAUGCCAUUCAAGGGGUAUAUGACAUCCCUCCAUCAUCAGUGAAAGGUCCAGUGUUUUCAAUUCCAGUAGGAGAAAUAAAACCUCAAGGGGUGUAUGACAUUCCUCCUGCUAAAGGGGUAUAUUCCAUUCCACCUUCUGCUUGCCAAGAUGAAGCAGGGCUUAGGGAAAAAGAGUAUGAUUUUCCCCCUCCAAUGAGGCAAGCUGGAAAGCUAGAAGUCAGACCUGAGGGCAUUUAUGACAUCCCCCCAACCAGCACCAAGUCAACAGAGAAAAACCUUCACAUAAAAUAUAACUGUGAUGCCUCAGGAACUGCUGAAAAGGCAAUACGACGACACCUAGCCACACCUCUGAACCAUCUGCCCACACAGCUGGGACAGUCAGCAGGUGCUCCAAAUGACGCAUAUGAUGUCCCCCGAGGGGUUCAGUUUCUUGAACCACCCACAGAAACCAGAGAGAAAGCGCACCCUGAAGAUAGAAAUGGUGUUUAUGAUGUCCCUCUGCACACCCCAGCAGACACCAAAGGCUCUCAGGAUGUGGUGGACGGAAUCAACCGAUUAUCUUUCUCCAGUACAGGCAGCACCCGGAGUAACAUGUCUACAUCUUCGACCACCUCGAAGGAAUCUGCAUUGUCAGCCUCCCCAUCACAGGACAAACGGCUCUUGCUGGAUCCAGACACAGCCAUCGAGAGACUUCAUCGGCUCCAGCAGACCCUGGAAAUGGGUGUCUCCAGCCUGAUUGCACUUGUCACCACAGACUGGCGGUGUUAUCGAUACAUGGAACGGCAUAUCAAUGAGAUACGAACCUUGGUGGACAAAGUAGAGCUGUGCCUGAGGGACUAUCUCCACUUUGCCAAGGGAGCUGUAGCAAAUGCUUCCUGCCUCCCAGAACUUAUCCUCCACAAUAAAAUGAAGCGGGAACUCCAAAGAGUCGAGGACUCCCAACAGAUUCUGAGCCAAACCAGCCAGAACUUAAAUGAGUGCAACUGGUCCCUGAAUAUUCUAGCCACCAACAAGCCCCAAAAUAAGUGUGAUGAUCUGGACCGGUUUGUGAUGGUGGCAAAGUCAGUGCCUGAUGAUGCCAAACAGCUCACCACAACCAUCAACACUAAUGCUGAGGCUCUCUUCAAAUCAGGCCCUGGAAAUUCACGUGUGAAGAAUGGGCCUGAGAGCAUCAUGAACUCCACAGAGUACCCUCAUGCUGCUUCCCACAUGCUGUAUUCCGGAGAACAUAAGGCCCAGGGUCUCAGCAAACCAUUGCCCCCAAACUUGGGCAAGGACCAACUCCCUGACUAUAGCAGCAGUGAUGGCUCUGAAAGGAGCUGGAUGGAUGAUUAUGAUUAUGUCCAUCUACAGGGUAAGGAGGAGUUCGAGAGGCAACAGAAAGAGCUGUUGGAAAAAGAGAAUAUUAUCAAACAGAACAAGAUGCAGCUGGAACAUCAUCAGUUAAAUCAGUUCCAGUUACUAGAGCAGGAAAUUACUAAGCCUGUGGAAAAUGACAUCUCAAAGUGGAAGCCCUCUCAGAACCUUCCAACAACAAAUAGCAGCACAAGUGCUCAGGACCGGCAGUUGCUCUGCUUCUACUACGACCAAUGUGAGACCCAUUAUAUUUCCCUUCUCAAUGCCAUUGAUGCUUUCUUCAGUUGUGUCAGCUCAGCCCAGCCCCCACGGAUCUUUGUGGCACACAGCAAGUUUGUCAUUCUAAGUGCACACAAACUGGUGUUCAUUGGAGACACUCUGACAAGACAGGUUGCUUCCCAGGACAUUCGCAACAAAGUCAUGAACUCCAGCAACCAGCUCUGUGAACAACUCAAGACUAUAGUUAUGGCGACUAAGACGGCUGCCCUCCAUUAUCCCAGCACUACCGCCUUGCAGGAAAUGGUACAUCAAGUGACGGACCUAUCCAGAAACGCACAGCUGUUCAAGCGUUCCUUGUUGGAGAUGGCGACAUUCUGAGAAAGAAAAAGGAGAUAAGGGGGACUCCAUGAGUUACUAAGGAAAACUGGAAAACUAUCUGGUUUUUGUAAAUGUUAUCUAUUUUUUGUAGAUAUUUUAUAUGAAAUAUUUUAACAUGAGUUUUAAAACAUUCAUAAAUCCAGGGACCUAGAGGGGGAUUUUUUUUUUCUUCUGUGGUUCUUAUGUACAUACUUAAGAAUUUAAGAUGUUAAAAAGAAAAAGAGAAGAAAUUUGUUCACAUGCAGGAAUAUGCCAGUGCAUUCAUGUUUGUAAAUGUUUGUCUUAUACAUUCCAUUUAAAAAUGAGCUAAAAAGCACCUUAGUAAAAACCUUUUAAUGCUGCAUUUCUUAAAGAAAACAUAUCUGCUAAUUGUAACAUUGUUCUAUAUAUAUUGAGUGAUUGUUCUGAGCCUGUCUCCAGAGUGUGGGAAGUAUAGUAUAUUUGCAAGCAUUCACCCCCCUCUCCAAUAAUGAAACAGAGCAUAACUUGCUCUUAUUUUGGAACCCCUCUAUUAACACUGACCAUUUGAGCAUAUUAUAUCAAAAUGCCUCACUUAAGGUUGUAAAAGCUCUAUUCAACAGAAGUGUAUGUUAAUCCAUGCUCUAGUAUUGUAAAUGCUGGAGAAAGGAAGAUCUAGUGUAUUUAGAGAUCAUGAUCCUAGGUAGGACUAAAUUAUUUCACCUCUGAGAGGAUUCCAUAAGUAAAGGAAAGCAUGUGUCUCCUGGACUUUUUUUCUGCACUUAUAAAUCAACUGGUCUUGAGGUUUUUCAAAUGGUGUUUUUUAGGUUGUAUGCAAAUAACUAUUAUUUGCCGCAAGAAUCCAUAAAGAUAUAUCAGGCUAUAGUCAUCCACAAAAAGAAGGAUGGUUCUACCCUCCCAUUCUAAGUGGAGACCUUUCUGAUUCUCAGCAUUCAUGUAAGGGACACUACUCCCAUCACCUGGGGGAAAUAGACCAGUUAUUUGGGUUAUUUAAACAUUAGCGUCACCAAACUACAUACUAUUCUAAAACAAUGUAUUAUUCAAUCUUGUACCUUUCUUACAACAUGCAUGUGCAGAUCCAGCACUCAGAGCAGCAUUAUGAACUCCAUCUAAUCCUUACAACUCUGACCAAUGCUCCUGUGUAUGCAGCCCUCCUCUGUCCAUUCUAAAACAUGUCCUACCACAGAUGCUUAUGUUUGCAUUGCACAAGCACACCAAAAGCCAUCAGAUUCACAAAUGGAGUAAGUGAAGUACUUCCG